AUGGCCCAGUCCUCACUGGAAGCUAUUCUUGCGACAAGACACCGAUGUCCUGCCGGCCCAGAGAACAAACUUACAUGCUCAACUACAUUUGUGCCAACUCCCUCAAUCUUCAAUACCUUUGUCAUUGAAGAGGGCACGAGCAUCAAUGCAAAGGCAAAUGAGGCAAACAAGUUCAUGGACAGGACAUCUGUUGUCCAGGUCUUGUUGACCUCUUACCAAAAAGGAGCCGGGAUAAUGCUACCUUUCCUCGGUGCUGAAGUUGGCUAUACUGAGUCAAGCAAAAGCACAACCCAUGACAUUUUCAAGAAGCCCGGAGACGGCGGAUGUUACAGUGGUUAUCAACAGGAAAGUUUGUUGGAUUCGAAUCUUCUAAUAUAUGACUACCAGAAAUAUCCGUACCACAAUUGCAAAAAGAUGCUUUUUUCGUGUGAGAUCCAUUGGAGUCUCAUGCCAGGGUUUGGAAAACAAAAAUGGUCCUCUGUGAACAAAUUUGGAAUUCGCCGAGCCAGGAAUCAACAACAGUGA